AUCUCCUCUCUCUCUCUCUCUCUACACACUGACACACCCAGAGAGACCACUUCGCAGAUCUCUUCGUCUUUGGAGCUCAACAACGUCGCCGGCGGGUCUGCGGUGGUCACGAAAGUUGCCGACAGGUACGAAACCCUAAUUUAGAGGAACCACAUCCAGAAUUUGAUGAAUGGUUGCUACAUCAUCUAGUGCCGUACGGGUGGCUUUGUCCUACUGCGUACAGCAAGUACGAAAUUAUGACUACCAUCACUAUCUCUGCCUUCUUGAACUUCCCCCACACAUGCGGAGGGCAGCAUUUGCGCUCCGUGCUUUCAAUGUUGAAACUGCAAGAGCUAUGGAUGUCGCUUCUAAUCCCCAAAUUGGGCUUAUGCGCCUGCUCUGGUGGCAAGAAGCCAUAGACAAGAUCUUUGCCAACAAGUUAAUUGAGCAUCCAACAGCCCAGGCCCUUGCAUGUAUAGUAUCCGAGCAUAAAAUUAGCAAGAGCUGGCUGAAGCGAUCUGUUGAAGCUCGGAUAAGGGAUGCCCAAACAGAGGUUACUGAAAUCCCGGAAACCAUUGAAGAGUUGGAGAAAUAUGCCGAGGACACGGUCUCAACUAUUUUGUACUUGACACUUCAGGCAGGUGGUAUCAGUUCCACUGCAGCAGAUCAUGCAGCAUCACAUGUUGGCAAGGCAAGCGGCCUUCUUUUGCUGCUCAAGUCACUGCCUUACCAUGCUAGCUGCAACCGUCAUUUUUCUUAUAUACCAGCUAAGCUGGCGGACAAACAUGGGUUGUUGGUUAAGCAGGGAGAUCAGUUGAAUAUCCGCAUAGAUUCUCGGGAGGGCCUAUGUGAUGUGGUUUUUGAAAUGGCCUCUGUAGCUGAUGCGCAUCUGAGGAAAGCUCGUGAAUUAGCUAAAACCGUGCCUGCUGAGGCUCGUCCAGUGCUUCUACCUGCUGUGCCUGCUCAGGUUCUUUUGGAUUCUCUAAGCCGUGUGCAAUUUGAUGUGUUCGAUCCAAGACUGAACCGAGGGAUUAUGGGUAUUCCUCCUUUGUGGUUCCAGUUGAAACUAAAAUGGCAUUCAUGGAGGGGGAAGUACUGAAAUAUCCUUUUCUCGUCAUUGCCAGUUGAUUUGAGGAAUUUUAUAUUGGGUCGGAGGUUAAGUUUCAUCCUUCAGAAUAAGGGCACAAGUGUUUUCAUUAACACGUUCUCGAUGCUCCGAAGACUAAUUAUGUUGUUUAUUCUUUAGAGUUCCCAGAGUUUCUCUGAGAUUUUAGCUUGGAUUAGUUCUGAAAAUUUUGUGAAGAGAUAAAUGUGAAGUGGGAAUGUGCAAUUCCCAACUAAAAUUUUGAUUUAUAGAGGCUGCAAGUUUCUUGCAUCAGUGUAUAGAAAGUCUUGCCUGUGGCAGGCAAAUCAAAAGGCACAACUUCUUUAACUAUGUAGACUGUAUAAGUUGUGUUAUUGAAUAAAAGGAACCAAGUGCCUGUGGUAUGAAAAAUAUAAAAGUGCAUUACUGUA